AUGAAAAGGGUUAAGAAGGAGAACGAUGAUGUCUCAUCACCUUAUCUUCCUCAAGAUCUGAUCGCAGAGAUUCUUGUGAAACUGCCGACUAAAUCCAUACCGAAGCUCAUCGUCGUCUCGAAGCUCUGGUCUUCUAUAAUCCGCAGCAAACAUUUCAUCGAUCUGUACCUGAAACGAUCUCUAACUCGUCCGUGUUUUCUCUUCUCAUUCGAACGUGACAGCACCUGGUUCUUCCUCUCAGCCUCUCAGGAGGCAAAACCGUCUUCUUGCACUACUACGACAACAAGCUUCUCUCUCAGACUUGAUCAGCGGCUCUUGUUAGAAGGUUACUAUAUAUCUCCACCGGUGCGCGGCUUAAUCUGUUGUCAAGAUUUGAAUAAGGUGGUGAUUAUGAAUCCUAGCACGGGCCAGUUCUUGUUUUUACCAAAAGUCAGAACUAGGAGAAGACAUAUAUCAAGCUUCUUCGGAUACGAUCCUAUCAGAGAUGAAUACAAAGUCUUGUGCAUGACGGUGUUGCAAGUUUCUUGCAAACAUGAACCGGUUGUGAGCGAGGAGCAUCAAGUUUUCACUUUAGGUGGAGGCGCUCAGAAGAAAGAAGCUACGUGGAGGAUGAUCGAAUGUAAGGUUCCACAUUGUCCUGCAACCAAUGGGGUAUGUAUGGCGAAUGGUGUUAUUUAUUACGGCGCUUGGUCCAACAGUGAUAUAAGAAGUAAACGAGGUUCUCUAGUUGUGGGCUUUGAUGUGAGAUUGGAAGAGUUUACUCUAUUUAAAUUACCUGACUGUGUCGAAAUAAGUAGUGGUGAAUGUGAUAUGGUGAACUACCAGGGGAAGGUGGCUUUGGUGAAUCACAAUCACUCAUAUAAUGGUAAAUUUGAUAUGUGGGUUCUGGAAGAUGUCGACAAACAAGAUUGGUCAAAGAUCUCAGUUGUGGUGCCUUCUCGGAUUGAUGUAUUUGGACCAAGCUUGUUAUUCUAUUGCAGAGGAGCCAUUAGUUCCAGCAAAUUCAUAUUCUCACCAUUCCAUCCGACUUUGUGCCCGUUCUUUAUUGUCAGUUACGAUCGCAAGGAAGAUAUUGCCACAAGAGUUGAGAUUAAAGGACUUGAAGAUAACUCGCGUUAUGUGGUAGUCUUCUUGGAUCAUGUAGAGUGUCCUGUUUUUCUCUAA